GCUACUUCAAGUGCUAGACGAUGGGAGAUUAACGGAUUCGCAUGGGAGGACAGUCGAUUUUAAAAACACAAUUAUCAUAAUGACUUCUAACCUUGGGGCUGAACACCUUAUUUCAGGGCUUACAGGUGAAGUGGCAAUGCAAGAGGCUCGAGACAGCGCAAUGAAGGAGGUGAAAAACUAUUUCAGGCCAGAGCUGUUAAACAGAUUGGAUGAGAUAGUGAUGUUUGAUCCUAUGUCCCACGAGCAUUUGAGAAAAAUCGUUCAACUCCAAAUGAAGAAUGUGUAUGGUGCUAGGCCCAUUAGGAGAUGGCUAGAGAGGAAAGUGGUCACAGAUAUGUCUAUGAUGAUUGUGCGAGAAGAAAUCGAUGACGACUCCAUUGUGUGCGUUGAUGUAAAUGAGGCUAAAACUGAUCUUGUCUACCGAGUAGAUAAGCAUGUGGAAGUGAAGACUGAGCCAACGUCAGAUGUUGUGAGUCAUUCACGGAAUAAGAGGGGAAGUAAUAACGAAGGUAACAUCGUGACUCUAACCAAAAGAAUUAAAAAUGAAGUCAUAGUGUUAGAUUGAAGA